CACCCAAACCGACCCCAAGCUGAAAAUACCACUUUUAAGAGCAUCAAAAUGCGCGCCCUCUUCAAAUCCCACACAAACCCUAACUAGAAGCAGAGAGUUUUAGACACACACAGAGCUGGAGAAAUCUUCCUCUGCAGAAUUUAUGGCGCUUUCGAGUUCAAGUACAGACGGAAAACGAGCUCCAAUGCUUCAACUAAACAAGGCGAAUAGCAAUCAGUUCUUCGUAUGGAGGGAAUUCUUGUGGGGAGGUAUUGCCGGUGCUUUUGGAGAAGGGAUGAUGCAUCCGAUUGAUACCGUUAAAACACGGAUUCAAAGUCAAGCUAUUUUUGGUGGACACCAGAAAAGCAUAUUACAGAUGGUCCGAACUGUCUGGGUUACUGAUGGACUAAAAGGAUUUUAUAGAGGAAUAGCUCCUGGGGUUACUGGGUCUCUUGCAACUGGAGCAACAUAUUUUGGUGUCAUAGAGUCUACCAAGAAGUGGAUUGAAGAAUCACAUCCAAACCUUAACGGCCACUGGGCACAUUUUAUUGCUGGAGCUAUUGGAGAUACACUUGGCUCUUUUGUAUAUGUUCCGUGUGAAGUGAUGAAGCAACGCAUGCAGGUUCAAGGCACAAAAAAGUAUUGGAGUUCUGUUGUCCUGAAAGACAAUGCCUCCAUGAAACCUGGCAUGCAAAUGUAUGGUUACUAUUCAGGAAUGUUUCAGGCUGGUUCUUCAAUAUGGAAGGAACAGGGGCUAAAGGGAUUAUAUGCAGGAUACUGGUCUACACUUGCAAGGGAUGUGCCAUUUGCUGGUCUAAUGGUCACCUUUUACGAGGCCCUAAAAGAUUUGAUGGAAUAUGGGAAACGAAAAUGGAUGCUUAACCCAGAUUACCAUGUUAAUAGUUCUCUUGAGGGGCUCUUGUUGGGAGGAUUAGCCGGUGGUUUUAGUGCAUAUCUCACCACUCCCUUGGAUGUUGUCAAGACAAGAUUGCAAGUACAGGGAUCAACUGUAAGGUACAAUGGCUGGUUGGAUGCAUUUCAUAGGAUAUGGACGACUGAAGGCACAAGGGGAAUGUUCCGAGGUAGCAUCCCCAGAAUUAUAUGGUAUGUUCCAGCCUCUGCUCUUACGUUCAUGGCUGUGGAGUUCCUCAGGGACCAUUUCAACGAGGCAUUAAAUGACGGUAAUAACCAGAAAGUUGCAAGCUUAUCAACAACCGACAAAAAGAAGUCUUGCUUGCAAGAGUUGUCUUAAAGAACUACAGAAUUACAAUUUUUAUCUUCUUUUCUUUGGUCGAUCGAGCAGAAACAUAAAGGCAAAGAGAAUAUAUCUUGAGAUAAACCUUCAAGGGAUGUAGUUUCUUGACUUGGGGCUUUGUUCGAAUACGACUCAAGCUAAUCAUCUAGUUCAUUUUAGUGAUGGAACACUGUAUCAUAUCAAAUUUCACAGAUCCGACGGACACAAUCAAUUGUAUUUGUCUGAUGAAAACCUCAGCUACAUUGAAUCAACGUAUCGGGAUCAUUGGAUUUGGCUUUGAGAAAUCUCCCUUGUUACACAUGUAGAAUUAGAAGACAAGCAAUAAUCGAUUUUUUUGAUAUUGUUUUAGAAAAAUAUAUCAUGUUUUGGUCCUGUUUUGUGGUUUGUAAUUUUCUGUAUUAAUGUUUUUUUCCAGAUAAUGGUUUAUUGUACCAAUAAUAGUGAUUUUUAGGAAAAUUUUAUUCAUUUUGGUGGAAAAAAUGAAACAUUGUGGCUGCUGAAAGCCAUACUUUUAGUUUUCAGUUGAAGCACGAAUAUAAAAUGUAUUCCCUAGGUGAAUGCUUAUUUUCUUUUUUACCUCGAA